UAAUGCACACGAGCUAACAGCUGACGAACGCUACAAGUGGAUCAGAAAACUGACAACUCACCUUGCCUGGCCAGUUUUAAAGAUAACUAACUCUUCAAGGUGGUCGACAAGAUGCCGAAGUAUUGUUCUGCACCAAACUGCAAGAAUGAUUCUGGAAACAACAAUUCUGAUAGGAAAAGCUUCUAUAAGUUUCCACUGCAGGAUCCAGCUCGGUUAGAACAGUGGUUGAAAAACAUGGGUCGUGAGGACUGGAGCCCUUCCAGACACCAGUACAUCUGUCAUGAACAUUUUGCAUCUUCCAGCUUCAAGCUGCGCUGGGGGAUUCGCUACCUGGAGAAUAAUGCUGUGCCCACUGUCUUUCAGCUCACUGAGAAACGUAAAGGUGAGGAACACAGUGAGAGUCAGAAAUCCAAAAGGCUGCGACACGGCAGGAAACCACUGACCACCUCUUCUUCUGACGUUGGGAUGCCAGUUAGUGACUCCACCGACAGUGACAACACAUUGACACUCUAUGAGGUCACUGUUAACCCCUCGGCGACUGAGGAGGCACAGCUGCUGGAGGAGCGGGACGUGACUGGCCCCACAGUUGGCCUUCUGCACACAGAACCUCUGCCACUGUCGGCGUUGGAGGGGAGGAGCCAUGACGUGACUGGCCACACAGUUGGCCCUCUGCACACAGCACCUCUGUUGGCAUUAGAGGGGAGGAGCCAUGACGGGGCUGCGGGAGACUUCCCUGUUACGAUGUUCCAGACGGUAGAGGAUCUGGGUGGGCUGGACGGGGAGGUGGUGGUGUCACAACAGCUGGAAGAGGUGGUGAGUGGGGUCACAGCGGCCAUCUUGACUGAGGGUCAUGACCUCGGAACGACGGAAGAUGUCGACAAUUUUGUGUUGUCCCCAACGUCUCUGGUCAUGGAGAACGUCUCUCCUGAGAUGGAGGAGGAGCUGUCUGUCUCCCAGGACGACCACGGUGGUGGGGCUCAGAUCAUCGCCUACUUUGAGACGAUUCCCAACAUUUUGUCCAGCGGGGCGGCUCAGUUCAGCAUCGCCCCAGACACUGUGCUGUCCUCAGCUCUCAGCCCCACACCCAUCGUCUCCACACUGCCUAUAGUGUCCAAGCACAUGCCCCCCUCUCCUGCAUCACUUAUCCUCACGCUGGAGAGACUGGCGACAGAGGAGGACGAGACUCCAGAGGAGGACGAUAUGGAACAUCGGGGAAGCCAACUGGAGGAACACCGCUACAAUAAGAACAGCCUGAGUAAGGAGCAGCUGGAAGCCAUUGUGAUCGAGCUUCAGAAGAAGGUAAAGGUAUUGCAGCAGAGACACAGGAGACACCUGGAUAAACUUGUGGGUCUGGAAAACACCGUCAACCAACUGAGACAGAACAACUUGUUGAAUGAGGAGAGGGUACAUCUGCUGGAGAGGGUGUGUAUCCAGACCAGUGCUGCUGUAUCGGAGGCAGGGGAGACUGUGGCGAUCAUCUAUGAACAGGACAACACAGCGUACCCCUAUGACGGAUCGGGAUAAACAGUGUACCUCUGUGCCUUGCCUAGUAUAAAGACCGAUAAAGGUUAGGGUCCAGAACAGAGACUGGGUCAGGUACCAGAACAGACGGAUACGGGACGGGGUCAGGUACCAGAACAGACAGACACGGGCAGGGUCAGGGUCCAGAACAGACAGCCACGGGACGGGGUCAGGGUCCAGAACAGACACUGGAUGGGGUCAGGUACCAGAACAGACACUGGAUGGGGUCAAGUCCAGGAACAGACAGACACGGGCAGGGUCAGGUACCAGAACAGACAGACACGGGACGGGGUCAGGGUCCAGAACAGACAGACACCGGACGGGGUCAGGGUCCAGAACAGACAGACACGGGACGGGGUCAGGUACCAGAACAUAUAUACGGGAUGGGGUCAGGUACCAGAACAUAUAUACGGGACGGGGGUCAGGUACCAGAACAGACAGACACUGGACGAGGUCAGGUACCAGAACAGACAGACACGGGACGGGGUCAGGUACCAGAACAGACAGACACGGGACGGGGUCAGGUACCAGAACAGACAGACACGGGACGGGGUCAGGGUCCAGAACAGGCAGGUGAGAGAGGUAGUUGUUACCUUGCUAAAGUGAUGAGGAAUCUAGCUGAUAUGAACCCUGCACUUUAUGUGAUGUGAAAAUCAGAAACGUUAUUGUCUAUUCGUGGAAUAUCAGAAGAUUGAUCUGUUUGGAUGAACGUGUCUGUUUUUAUUAUUUAUUAGUGUCUUAGGUGAUAUUAUAAACUGGGUGGUUCCAGCCCUGAAUGCUGAAAGCUGUGGUAUAUCAGACUGUAUACCAUGGCUAUGGGCUGUGUCCAGGCACUGUGUGUUGCGUUGUGCGUAAGAACAGCCCUUAGCCGUGGUAUAUUGGCCAUAUACCUCACCCCCUCAGGCCUUAACACUUAUUAUAAAACUGUGUGGUUUGAGCCCUGGGUGCUGAUUGGCAUAACAGACUGUAUACCACGGGUAUGACAAAUCAGUUUUACUGCUCUAAUUACGUUGGUAACCAGUAACAGCAAUAAGGCACUUUGGGGG